UCGUCGGCGUAUCGCCUCAUCCGCCGCAACUGGCACUGUACACUCUGCUGCGACUGAGGCGACUGCGACGACGACAUCGACAUACGCGUCCGAUGGCCGACAGUCGGCGGACUACGUUCGACCACGACGUCUGCUAAACCGUCGGUUGUUCUGCAGCCAGUGCUGUAUACCUAUGUGUAAUUAUUGUACGGGAGCGAUGAUGGUGCGAUGAAUGUGCGCGAGUUUUAUUUCGUUUUCAUAAUUAAUUGCCGUCGUUACACGCCGCGUCGUAAAAACCGUUACUAAAAUAUUUUGUCGGUACUGACAUUAUAAAAUAAUAUUGUAUUAUACUGUACAACGACUAAAAUAUUAUCAUUAUACUACCACAGAUGUAAGAUACUACCACUAUAAACUAGACGUACUAAAUACUAAUACUAUUACUAUAAUACUACUACAACUAUUACUACUACUUACUAGGUCCUACUACUACUAUAUAAAUUGCUAUUAUAUUAAGAAACGCGCCGCACGCCACCGAUAUAUCAAUCGCGAUAGUCGUGGUGAUCUGCAGUAUAAUCACUAUCGUGCGGUGAUAUUGAAAAUAACAAAACAAUUUUCGCGUGAAAAAUACCGUCGCCGCGCGUUCGGAAUGAUGUUAAAAAACACCGAGGCCGAUCUGCGACCCGGCAAACAGCAGCAGCUAAUGUUGGGCGCGUUCGGCGGUCCGCAGAUGUUGGCCGACGCCCUGCACGCCGCCACGGCCGCCGACGACGAAGACGACGAUGAUGAUUGCGGCGGCGGCGAUCGCAAGGGAGACAUGUAUGCAGCAACCGCCAUGGCCAUGAAGGACUCUCCGGUGGCCGCCAGUCUGCAGGAUGGCAACGGGUUUUGGAUGGCGGCCGUAUCAGCGGCCGGGCCGCAGAUGGACCACCACGCGGCCGACUAUCAGCCCGCCGCCGUGCCGGACUACAUGAUGCACCACGUGAUGGGAGGCGGUGGCGUCGGUAACGAGAACGUGUCACCGGUGGACCCGCAACACCAGCAGCAGCACCACCAAGUCGCUGCCGCCGCCGCAGCCGCCGCCGCCAUGUACCAGAUGCAGGCAGACCAGCAGGUUGGCGGCGGUGGCGGCGGCGGUGGUGUGGUCGGCGCUGGCGGAGGCGGUGGACAGCAAGAGUAUCCUUGGAUGAAGGAGAAAAAGACCACCAGGAAGAACAACCAUCAAGGAGUGCGUAAAACUACGUGUUUAUUCGAUGAAAAACAAAACGGUUUGCCCAGGAGACUUCGGACCGCGUACACCAACACUCAGCUCCUGGAGCUCGAGAAGGAAUUCCAUUUCAGCAAGUAUCUGUGUCGGCCCAGGAGAAUAGAAAUCGCCGCAUCUCUGGACCUCACCGAGAGACAGGUCAAAGUAUGGUUCCAGAACAGACGGAUGAAGCACAAGCGGCAAACCAUCAACAAACAGGGCGAGGACGGCGACGACAAGGACUCGCAAAGUUCGGGCACAACGACCGGCAAACAUGGCAAGUCAUCAGGUGGUGGAGGCGGCGGUGACAAACAGAUGGACGAUAAGAAGAGUUGUCAGAACUGUGACUUGCCACCCGGCAUAAUGAUGGAGCACGUGACCCGGAACAGCAGCGGGGCCGGAAGUAGUGCUGGCAGCGUCAGCUCGUUUGACACGAAAAUGGAAGACGACUCUAGGUCCAACGAGGGCAUAAUGCACAUGACUGUCAAGAGAGAGCCCUCGGGCAAACCGGAACAGCCGCUGACGAAUAAAAAAUCGGCAGCGGCAAUGUGCCCGAAAGACUCGAUGAGGCUAAUGCCGGAUAUAUCGCCAGAAGUCGGUAAGUCGUUGAAGGGAGGUGGUACGUCAGUGGGAAGUUUGACGCCAUCCACACCGGACACGCCGUCCACCGCUCUCUCCAGUCCUAUAGGAACCGCGGCGGUCAUGUACCAACAGCAGCAACAGCAACAGCAACAACAACUCGAUCACUCGGUUUCUACACCACCGACUCCGUCCAAUGGGGGACCGGUAACCAAGUCACCAUACUCGAGGGUUGCUGAUGCCUACAGACAACAGCAACAGCAAUACAACAAGCAAAACAAUUUCGGGGGAACCGGCAAGGAUUGCUAUCUGUCACAGUAUCCGCCAACUACGCAAAGCCGCUGGUACAUGUCACCGGAAACUUCAUCACCCCCAUCAUCAUCUUCGUCUUACAAGUCCAAGUCCGGGGUGGCCGUGGCCGUCCAAAGCCCCGGCAGGGUACAGCAACAGUCCGGUACGGGCCACUGUCGUCAACAGUACUUGCAGGGAGCGGGUUACGGUCCACAACAGCAAUACUGUAACGGUUACAAUAAUAACGGUUAUCAGACGGGCGGCGGAAGUGAUUCGUACCAGCAGACUGCAACCGUUCCGUCGGCUGUCGGUUACCACCACCGUCAGGCAUACCAACAGCAACAGACCGGUGUCAGUGGUUACGGCGGCGGUACCGCUGGUAGUGGUGGUGGAGGUAGUGUCGGUGACGAUUAUCACCACCACCAUUUGAGUUACGCCGGCACGUAUCAAGCUACCAGCCAGGGAUACGCCACCAACGGCCAUCACAUGGGAAGCGGCGGCGGUGGAGUUCAUCAUCAACAGCAACACCACCAACAGCAACAGGACCACCACUCAGGUUCGCAACUGUACAACAUGGACUACCACCACCAACCACACCAUCAGCAACAGCAGCAACUCCAACAGCAGCAACAACACCACCAACCGCAACACCAUCAGCAGCAACAGCAGCAGCAGCAGCUCAGGUACAACAAAUCAGCCGCGGCGGCUGCCGUGCAGGUGUCAGCUGGCCAGUAUUACGUGGAUCCUGUGGCAGGUGGUGGCGGCGGCACCGGCACUGCCGUGGCCGCCGUACCGGAACUGGAGGCCACGUUCGCUGACCAGUUCCACGCGCACGGCUCGUCUGUGGCCAUGACACCACCAAACAGCGUCCGGGCGGCCGCGGCCGCCGAUUCGUCCGGCGAUCACUUCAACAGUUUUCAUCAUUUCUACAACGGCACGGGAGCAGUCACGUCGGCAGGUCCAGUGGUCGGUGAACCGCACUGUCAACAUCAGCAACCACCGUUGCACCAGCAGCACCACCACCAGCCAAACGCAGUCACCGCGGCCGUCGUCGCUCCCGUCACCGGCAGUGCUGCAGCCGCGGCCGCAGCGGCGGCCACUGCCGCCGUGAUGGCGCAUCACCCGCAACCGCCGCAUCACCACCAUCACCACGGCGGCGGCGUCCACGACAACAGCAACAGCUCGUCCGAUUUCAACUUUCUCAGCAACCUGGCCAACGAGUUCGUACCUGAAUACUAUCAGCUCAGCUGAGAUUCGCUUUACUAUUAACCCCUCGUUGUACGUAUAACUUACAAGUUUAUAGUAUACCCCUGUCUGUACUCAUCGGUUUCGGUUUCCGUAUAAACUACGAAGAUUUCGAUUUUUUUGUGAUCGUGACACAGGUUUUCUUGGACCGUUGUCAGAAUUGAUUGAUUUUUCGAGUUUAUUUGGUUUUUUCGUCCAGAAUGGCUUUGUUCUCCGUCUAGCAUCGAAUGAUUUCCCAUUUUUAUUUAAAUUUAGCGUUCGAUCGAAAUUAUAAUAAUUAGCGCCGGAAUUGUUUUCAAGUCAUCACAUACCUAUAUCGAUUAUACACAUCGAAACCAUCAAACAAUGUUCUACCUGAAACUCACAUCUCAUCACAUAAUAAGUGACGUUUUAAAUCACGACAUUUUACAAUUAAAUUUGUUUUUUUUUAAACCAAAAUACGCAGUAUCUAAAAACCAUCGAUCUUUGGCGGUUUUCGAAUUCAAUAGAUUCUAUUACAGGUUCUAAGCGGAUGUCCACUUGGAAAACUGUCUGCCACAUAAUAUUUAUUUUCAUUUCUGUACAAAGUUCUAUCAUUUCCAAGCUCAUUAAAAUAUUAUUGUUUUUAUGUUAAGUAUAUUUUUUUAUUCAACCGUUACGUUUCAUUUGUAUACCAUAUUAUUUUAAACGAAAAACAAAUAAUAUUAUCUUCAACGAUUUAUUAUUUAUUAUUUUUGUUGUUAUGUAUAUUUUUUUUACAGUUAAUUUUCUAGAUUAGAAAAUGUUCGUUGUAAAAUAACAGUGAUGUAGAUGUUGCACUUGAAACCGUGUGUCGCAUUGCAUUGCAACUUUGUACAUUACAUACACAUUAUAGAUGAAAUAUUGUAACUAAAUAAUAUAAUAACUGUUUCCUUUUGACCGUGUUAAAUAUUUCUUGUACAAAAAUUAUUAUUACUAAAUUAUAUUAUACAUUAUUAGAAAUUGUUGUCUUAUAUAAAAUUAUUAUUAUUGUCGCGUUUUAUUUUAUGAUAUUAUUACUAUUAUUAUUAUUAUUAUUAUUAUUAUUUAGUUUCAAUUGAAUCGCUAAGAAAUAUGUUGAGAAGGGGAAUAAAUUAAUGCCUAAUGUUUAAUGUUUAUAUUAUUAUAUAGUAGAAAACACUCGUCUUAUUGUAACGCCGCAAAGGACAAAAAAAAAGAAAAGUUGUAUAAAGGGUUCAAAAUAACGGACACGAUUGCAAUAUGUUUUUCUUUUCAUUUUUUUUUUAUUUCUAUUAAUUAUGUAUUUAAAUAUAUUGCUGCUAUUAUUAUUACUA